UGGAGGGGCACGAAGUGUCGCGAGAGUCGAUCUCGGAAUCUGCGCGCGCACCGCUCCCCUACCCGGCCGGAGGGCAGGGGCCGAGCGCCGAGGCCGGGGCGGGUCGGUAGCCAUGGCCGCCCGCGGAACCGCCGAGGAGCAGCAGCCUCUGCUGGGCGAGCAGGGCCCGGGGAGCAGCCAGUGCGAUGUUGUCGAAACUGAAGAGCAUUACAGGAGUCGGUGGCGGUCCAUUCGAGUCCUGUAUCUCACUAUGUUUCUCAGUAGUGUAGGCUUUUCGAUUGUAAUUAUGUCAAUAUGGCCAUACCUGCAAAAGAUUGAUCCUACAGCAGAUGCAAGUUUUUUGGGUUGGAUUAUUGCUUCUUAUAGCAUUGGCCAAAUGGUAGCUUCACCUAUAUUUGGCUUAUGGUCUAAUUUUAGACCAAGGAAAGAACCUCUUGUGAUCUCAAUCUUCAUUUCAGUGGCAGCCAACUGCCUGUAUGCUUAUGUCCAGGUACCUCCCUCCCACAAUAAAUACUACAUGUUGCUGGCUCGUGGACUUGUAGGAUUUGGGUCAGGAAAUGUGGCAGUAGUUAGAUCUUAUAUUGCUGGGGCUACUUCCCUUCAGGAAAGAACGAGUGCCAUGGCCAACACCAGUGCUUCUCAGGCCUUGGGCUUUAUCCUGGGUCCAGUUUUUCAGACUUGUUUUGCUCUGAUUGGAGAAAAGGGAGUGACGUGGCAAGCCAUUGAUCUUCAGGUCAACAUGUAUACAGCCCCAGUUCUACUCGGCGCCUUUUUGGGAAUUAUCAAUGUUAUCUUGAUCUUUGCUAUAUUAAGGGAACAUCGUGUGGAUGAUUUAGGAAGACCGUGUAAAAGCAUUAAUUUUGAUGAAGCAAGCACGGACGUUCCUGAUACCCAGGAAAGCAUCGAUCAAGUUGCUGUUGUCACCACCAACAUUCUUUUCUUCAUCAUCCUGUUUAUCUUUGCUGUUUUUGAAACCAUUGCUACUCCGCUAACAAUGGAUAUGUAUGCCUGGACCAGGGAACAAGCCGUUUUAUAUAAUGGAAUAAUUCUCGCUGCUCUUGGAGUUGAAGCAGUCAUUGUUUUCAUGGGAAUUAAAAUACUUUCCCAAAAAACGGGAGAGCGUGUACUUCUACUCAGAGGAUUCAUAAUUGUUUUAAUCGGAUUCUUUGUCUUGUUACCUUGGGGAAAUCAGUUUCCAAAAAUACAGUGGGAAGAUUUACAUAAUAAUUCCAUUUCUAACAAAUCAUCCGGAGAAGGGAUCAAAUUUUUUUGGAAAUUAGUAACAGGAAAUUCUAGUGAAGCUCCAACUGGCUGCCCCAUCGAGGAGUCCUGGUGUCGCUACACUCCAGUGAUUCACCUGGCCCAGUUCCUUGUUGCUGCUGUGCUAAUAGGGAUGGGCUAUCCCGCCUGCAAUGUUAUGUCUUACACCUUAUACUCAAAAAUUUUGGGACCGAAGCCUCAGGGCGUCUACAUGGGCUGGUUAACAGCUUCGGGAAGUGGUGCAAGGAUUCUCGGACCUGUGUUUGUUAGCCAAACAUAUACUUAUUUAGGGCCUCGAUGGUCAUUUAGCUUAAUCUGUGGAAUGGUUAUAUUAACAAUCAUGCUUUUGGGAGCAGUUUAUAAGAGACUUAUUGCUUUUUCUGUAAGGCAUGGUUGGGUCCAGGAGUAAGCUUGGGAUAGUUAAGUGGCAAAGGUAAAGGGCUACAUGGAGCUACCUCACCAUAGGCUUCAUUUGAAGAUUGCUGUGAACCUGGGAGCUUUAUUUCCAGAAAACCAGUCAAUAUUCUGUGUCUUGUCAUAUGUAUGGAACACAAGCUAAAUUCUGCCCCUCUUGCUUCGGACCUACCCUAGGGCAAGUUAAUCGUUUUUAGAUUAUAAUUUCUCUACAUACAGGGUGAAACAACGUUUUUACAUCACCUGAUCUAAUGAACAGACAGCAAUAUAUAAAUGCUGAGCAACAUUCUUCUAAUAUAAGCUGCACCCUUUACUAAAUUAGUUUUAAAUCAGGUUUACACUGACAGAGAACAGAAAAAGAUUUUCUACAACAAAAAUAUAGAAAUUGUUGAUGAUAGUGUGAGUCAGAUGGGUUAUGGCUCCGAAUUUUCAUGCCACAAAAAAAAAAUUGGAAAUGUAUAUUAGUAUACAUUAUGUUGUUCAGUUCUUGAGUCCAUUUGGGGUUUUCUUGGCAAAGAUACUGGAGUAGUUUGCUGUUUUUUCUCUAGCUCAUUUUACAGAUCAGAAAACUGAGGCAAACAGAGUUAAGUGACUUGCCCAGGGUCACAUAGCUAGUUAGUAUCUGAGACCAGAGUUGAGCUCAAGUUUUCCUGAAUCCAGGCCUGGCUCUCUAUUCACUACACCACCUCACUGUUAUAUAUUAUACUGUAGAGCCACUCAUGGGUCAAAACAACAUUAGUUUGGGUCCCAUCUCUGAUGCACAGUGGCUCCCUGUCCCCCUGCCUCCCAUAGCACAUGCUGUAUAUCAUCUCACAAAGUUAGCAGUGUCUUUCAUCUAUCCGGCCCUUCCUGAAAGUCCCACCAGUGUGCAAAGUAUCAUGCUAGCUCCUAAGAGAAGCAGAGUCAGAGCACCCCAGCCUCAAGGCUCUUCCUCUGUAAGUGAGAUGACACAAAUGACUGAUCGCACAUAAAGUAGGUGCUACAGAGUGAGCCUGUGAGAAGGGCUUCUGGGGGCAGCCACUUCUGAAGGAGCAGAAUCAGGGAAGGCUUCGUGGAAGAAAAUGACAUGCGCUUGCCUUCUGACCAGAUUGGGGAGGGGAGAGGGAAGGGAGAGAAUUUAGAACUGAAAAUCUAACAACUUUGUUAAACGAGAUGAAGAAUAAUGGGAGGUUUUUUUGGAACCAAGUUGUGGAGGGCUAUGACUGCCAGGCUGAAGAGUUUAGAAUUCCUUUGGUAAACAGGUUCACCCAAGGUCUCAGCAAAUGAUUCCUUAGUGCAAAUGCACUUACAAGCCAAGACAGAAUUCCAGGCCAUCUGCUGCUUUUAACUGCUCAUUAGCCACGGAACAUAGUAUAGAUGCACUUGUGUCUGCAUAUACAGAACAAAUCUUUAAUGAUAAAGCUCUAGGUGAAUGCUCUGAGCAUCUAUUUAAACCUGAAAGACUCUUCAUGGUAACCCUGGGAAGAGAACAGAGAUCAGGUUAUUCCUCUACAUCAAAAGUAAUUAUUUGUCAUUCGAAGCAGAAUAAUUUCACCAGGUGGGAGACACUGGGGAAAAGCCCAAUACCCUCCUAGAGUCAGACCAAUAGCUUUAAUGGUUAUUCCCCUUGUGUAGGUUUUGCUAUGUUUACCCUGGAUUUGACUGAAUUGCACUACGCAUGUAAAUGUUUCUACCUCUCCAGUAAGUAGCCGUUUUAAAAGGAUCUGAGUAACACAUAUGGGCUUGAAAAGAAUGCUGCAUGGUGGUAGUCAAGGUGCAUUGACAAAAUGCAAGUCUUCAAAUGGUUUUCCUAAACCAGUUUUCUCCUAUAAGCCCUGAGUAUUUUUACUUCUAAUUGUUAUACUAUAAUUUGCACUUUAACUGUACUUCAUCUAACUUCAUUUCUUGUAGCUGAUCCUCUCAUCUCUUAGAUGGUUAAAAGUUGGCUU